AUGCUUUUUUGUACUUCCAUAGGUAUUUGUGUGCUCCUCUUCGGCUACACCCUCAUAGGCUCCGUGAUUUUCCUAGCUAUAGAGGGGGGCAACACCUACCAACACCAGAUCUUGGCCACCACGUCCCUCUCGACCAAUCUGAACAGCAACAGUAAGAAACACUUGAACCGCACUGCGGAACUGAAGGCCAAAGCGGACGAGGCCAGGGUGAAGACCGUAGAGAAUAUCUGGGAGAUCACCGUCAGCCUCAACAUCCUAUACAGGGAUAACUGGACCAGAUUGGCGGCGCAGGAGAUUACCAGGUUCCAGGACGAGUUGGUCAAGUCAAUGGCGGAGGAAAUGGCCCUGCAGCAGCCCCUUCAGGUCACCAAGGUGGGGGCAAAGCACGCCAAUGAGAACUACGAGUGGAGCUUCGCCAAGGCUUUUUUGUAUUCGCUGACUGUGCUGACCACUAUCG